AGCAUGUCAAUAUCAGUUGACAGUAAUAAUCUUAGUUUUGUUAACGAUUUGAAUCCUGCUAAGGAUAUGUGGAACAUGAAGGCGAGAAUUAUACGAAAAUGGAAUCAGGGUUACAAAAUGGAGAUCAUCUUCAUUGAUGAGAAGGGUGCUAAGAUUCAAUGGGGUAUUAAGAGUCAUCUGAUACCUGUUUUUGAUGGGCAGCUGCAAGAAGAUGCUGUUGUGAUUCUUUCGAAGUUUGGUGUUGGUGAGAAUAAAGAUUUAUAUAAAGUAGUAGUGCAGCCUUAUAAAAUUAACUUUUAUAGAUGCACAACUGUUACUCGUGUGAGAGAUUGA